GCACUUUUUUCUGUUCACUGGUUUUUCUCAUAAAAGAGUCAAAACAACAAAACUGAAUUUACAGAAGUUUCUUUUCUUUCCUCUGUCUCUCCAUUUCUGUCUUUCUUUACCCCAAUGGAGCAAUUUAAUGGAAACCCAGACAUUGUUACAGUCUUCUUCCUCACUGAUCAAACAACAACAUCAAGUUAUCAAUUUCUAGAUGAACCCAUGUUCCCAUUUGUUCUAUACUUCUGUGUAAUGCUCUUUAUAUUACUGUGUUAUUUACUGCUCAUUUUUGUUCAUAGAAAGCUGAAAUCAAGAAAUGUUGUGGUGAAAGAAUCAACCCAGAGCCCAGUUUCAGCUCUUGAUUCAUUAGAUUUUGAUAAGACUCAAAAAACCCAGAAUGCACAUUCACUGUUUGUAAAUAUUACUAACUCAAAAAAUCCUUUAAAGACAAAAAAGGUUUCAUUGGUUUUUUCAUUUUCAUCAGCACAGUCUAAGGGGGAUGUUGUUAAUGAUAACUUGGUUUCUAAAGGGUCUGAUUUGGAUAAUGAGAAGGGUUUAGUUAGAGGAGAUGAUUGUGAGAAGAGUGAUGGAGGAGAUUUAGUAGAGACAGUUAAGAAAAAGAAGAAAAGGGUUAAGAAGAAAAAGGAGAAUAAGGAAGAUUUUGAUAAGCAAAGCUAUUUGCCAGUCUUUGUUCAGGAAAAGAAUGGGUUGGAUUCUUUAUAUCCAUUCACAUCUUCAUCUAGUAUAACACAGAGAAAAAUCAAACAACAGUAUGAUCAGCUUGUGAAGUCUCAUGAUUCAAAAGCCUUGACAUUAGCUCAGGUUGGUCAGUUUGCAAAAUGCUUAGUAGAGGCGAGGAAUGAUUUACAACACAAAUCAGAGAUCCUUCAACGUAAAUACACAAUAACAAAGGCUCUACUUUACAAGGCAGACAGGUCUUCAUUUGAUCGCAUCUCACAACAGAUAUACAAGUUAGAGGCAGAGCAGAAAAGAUUAGACGAAGAUGCUGUUGUUUACAAUAGGAUCCAAGACCAACUCAAGCUCUCACCAGCGUACAAAAAGAUGCUUGAAGUUGGUGCACGUCUGGAGUCAGAUGCACGUUCAGGCCAAUUAGAAGAUAAUACUACAGACUCUGAAUUUUCCGACAUCUCAUUCGAGGAGUUUUUGGAACAAGAAAAGAAGGAUAGUUUCUGGCAAAGAAACAGAAAACUGAAAUCCUCCACGACUUAGCGCACGAGGAUAAGUCGUUACCACCCCUGAGCAGUAUGUACAUUCCUCACCCGAAAUUUUGAUUGGGUGCAGGAUUUUUUUUGAUUUUGCUCAUUACACAUCUUUUGCCAUCCUUCUUUUCGUUUUUCGCAUUUCACCACAUAGUUUAGGUGAUCCUGCAAUAACUUCCAUGAAAUUUUCCUUAGAAAAAAAGAAGACAAUGUUCUUUCACUCUCUUCAAUUAUCAGAGUUUUAGGGAAUGUACCAAUUUAGGGGAGAAAUGUUGUCUUACUUUGGUUCUGAUCUGUCAGUUCAUUGACUUGAGAUAUCAUGGUGAAAAGUGAAAACCCAUGUUUACUUUUUCUUUGAAGUUAAAUCAGCCAUUAACUUUUACCCUCCCUGCUGAUGUGGUGUCAGAUACUGCAUGGUAGAUAUCCAUCCAGUACAUAUGUAGUAUGACCAAAACCCUUCUUGUCCACAAUCUUCUUUCUUUUCUUUUUACAGUUGUGACUAUUUUUGACUUGUACCCAUGAUCUCUUACAGUUGCAGUGAAAACUGAAAUUUGACCAUUUGUGUCUCAGCUGACUGAGCCUUUGGAGAAUUAAAGCAAAUAGUUUUGUUUCCCUACUGCUGCUAGUUUAACAUGGCUAAACUGAUACAUUGGGAACUUUUUUAUGACAAAAUCUACUAAAGCU